GUCAUUGUUACGCAGUGUCAUGUCCAUGAGUGAACCAUAGGUGUAUAUCGGAGACAUGACGGCUAGUCACAUGAACCUCCCCCAGCUGAUCAGGAUACAGCUCCGUGUUUAGACUUCGGUUCAGGACGGGCUGACGAGGCUUUAUGAACCGAUGUGACAGUUAGCUCGGCUGCUCAACAGCGUCACCGAAGCAGACAAGAACACACAGCCGGGAAACAUGCGUUGGUUUGAGGGCUCCAUUCCUGAUGCCAUUAACUCUGCGAAACAGCGGAGCUUCGCUUUUGUCGUAGUCAUUACAGGGGAGGACGAACAGUCCGCACAGCUGAUGUCCAGUUGGGAGGAUGACCAGGUCUCAGAGGCAGCACUCAACUGCUGUGUGGCCAUCAGAGUGGACGCCAAGAGUGACACAUGUUUGCAGUUCUGCCAGUUCUACCCAGUGGUGUGCGUACCCUCUAGCUUCUUCAUUGGAGAGAAUGGGAUUCCUCUGGAGGUCAUCCCCGGCAGUGUGUCUGCUGAAGAACUGAUGAAGAGAAUCAACAGAGUGAAGCAGAUGCAUGCUCAGCAGAUUGGAGGUGUGACAGUGUCACCAGAGGCAGGUCCUCCUGUGGAGACCAGCCCACGUAACAGCACAGCCACAGAACCUGCUCCAGCCUCAGCUCCAGCCUCAGCUCCAGCGGUGUCCAUUAGGUCAGCAGCAGAAGCCAUAGAACCUGCAGCAGUACCAGAAACAGCAAAAGAAUCUCUGCCAAGCCCAGCAGAUGAUGGCAGCCUCUCAGCUGCUCAGUGUUCACAGAGUGAAGAAAACCUGGACACCAAGGUGGACAGGUUAACCAAGAAACUGGAGGAGAGACGAGAGCAAAGGAAGAAAGGAGAGGAGGAGAAUGAUAUCAGGAAGGAGAUGGAGCGGAGGAAGAUUGGGAAGGACAUGCAGGACUUUAAAAAGAAACAGGAGGAUGAGAAGACCAAGCGCCUCCUAGAGGAGAGGAACAGGGAGAAGGCAGAGGAGAAGGCUGCCAGGGAGCGGGUCAAACAGCAGAUCGCCAUGGACCGAGCUGACAGAGCAGUCCGCUACGCCAAAACCCAGGAGGAGGAGAAGGCUGCCAGGGAGGCCCUGCUGCAGGCCAGACAGGCAGAGCAGGAGGCCAGGAGGGAGGCGGUGGUCAGGGAGAGGAGCACCGUAGCGAGGAUCCAGUUCCGCCUCCCAGAUGGCUCGUCUUUCACCAACCAGUUCCCUGCACAGAGCAGACUGCAGGAGGCUCGGCUCUUUGCUGUUCAGGAAGUGGGAAACCGCUAUGGGAACUUCUCCCUGGCAACCAUGUUCCCUCGGCGAGAGUUCAACAGUGAAGACAUGAACAAGACUCUGCAGGAGCUGGAACUGGCUCCAAGUGCUUCCAUUGUGCUUUUGCCGCGUUCAGGCAGGCCUGCUAACACAGUGGUCCAGUCCUCUGGGGGGGGUAUCUGGGCCAUUCUGGGCACACUCCUCUACCCUCUGCUGGCUGUGUGGAGGUUCCUCAGCUCCUUCCUAUUUCCAGCCCCGCCUCCUCCUGGAGCAGCAUCCCCAGGCCCCACCCAGCAGUCCAGCUCCUCCUACACCACCUCCUCCUCCUCCUCCUCCUCAUCAGCUUCAGACAAGACAAAGAGAGAAACACUCUCCAAGUCCACUGUGGAGAAGCGGCCCAAACACUUCAAGAAGGAGGGUAAAAUCUGCAGGCUUAGGACUCAGGAGGACAGUGAGGAUGACAACAACACCUGGAAUGGGAACUCCACCCAGCAGAUGUAGCGGCGUGAGAACACCCCCACCCCAUCCCCCACUCCCCCCACCUUGUCGCUCCCCCGCUGUGAAUUAGUUCUGACCAGUUGAAGGUUUCUGCUGCACUUAGAGCUGAUCUUUAGUUUCCCCUGUCUUACUGUGCUCUGGGCCCCCACCUGCACCCCACCUGCAGGUUAGAUCAAUAAUCAUCAACAGUCUGGAGCUGAGUGUGUAUGACUGUGUCCUGACAUGGGCUCAGAUUACAGCAGGUGACAGACUGUGAAGGCUCCACCAGCAUCCUCUCAUAGAUGAGUGUCAGAUACAUCAUCGACUUUAUCAAAUGAAGUUUGUUCCUUUUUCUUCUUAUGAUCAGAAACCAGAUUCAGUGAAGAGCUGAAGAUGCUGUAAUCUGAGCCCAGCUUCAUAUGUCAUGGACUUACUGCAUUUUAGAAAAUGUUAACUCUGACAUGUGACUGGCUGAUUGCCAGUGACUCAUGUGGAUUCUGAUCCAACAGCAGAAUGAAGACAUUUUGUCUGAGAUGUAUAAAAUAUUUCAUCAGCUUGCAGCUGCUGCAGAGGACUGUACACCACAAGGGUGUGUGUAUACAGUGGUA